AUGAACGUGAAACUUGCGGUGCAAAUACUGUCAAAUUCCGUUGCUGACUGUCUCCGUCGAUACAGAUUAGCGAACGAAGUGGAAUUGGCAACCCAGUUUAAGGAUUCUGAAGCUUUAGAAGAUCUUGUAAGGCUGCUUAACAGUUCCUUUGACAUUAUGAACUUUCGCCGUCCCAUAGAUGGAAUAACUGAUUCCAAUUGGAAUGGCCCCGAUGGCAGACGGGAGGUUUUAGGCAGACUUUUCAAAUGCCUUGAUGACACCGAGAUUGCUGCCUGUGAAGAAUUUCCAAAUAAAGAGAUGGAAGAUGAGCUUCUGUUCGAUUUGUCAGAAGAUUUCAAGAGGGAUUUGCCAAACGGACCACCUACAGAAGAAAGUCUAACCAAACAAUCACGUGAAUUACCCGUUAAAGUAAUAGAUUUGGAAUGGGGUUGGGAUACAUCAACAUGCACAUCCGAGAAGGAACCUUUGGCCACUAAAGUAACUCUGAAUGGAUUAAGAGUUACUAUUUUAAGCAGAAUCGAUGUCGUCGAGCUGUUAAUGCGCAAGAAUUACAAGUAUGUUCUGCUGCCUCUUUUCUGGAACUAUUCUGGCUAUUGA